AUGCUUCAGAUGAUUAAAGAUAUAGCUAACGAUGCUAGAGAAAAACUUUAUCUGUUAAUUGAUAAAGAAAGACAUGAUGUGAGAGCACAAUGCAAUGUAUUAGAUUUAAAAUGUGAUAAAGAUGAUUAUUGGGAAUUGCAUUUAAAUGUAUUAAAAAACAACAUAGAACAAAUCCGAAAUGAAUUGAAUGAAAUAAAUAAUGCUCAAAAUAAUAAAAAAGACAUUUAUGUGCAUCCAAUUCAUCGGACGAAUUCAGCGGAAAUCUAUGUUGAAGAUUGUCAACAACAAAGCGAAGAUGCGCAUGAAGAAACCAGUAUAAUAUCAAAUGAUAACGCAGAAAUUAAAUUGACACAUCAUGAACCUGAGACAACAGUUAAUAUUCGGAGUGGAUUUUAUUCACGAAUAGCAACAUCUGACUAUCAUUUACUUCAUUGUUCGAAAGAUGAACUAUAUGCUUUCAAUAUAAUUGAUAUAGAUCAACCACAUCCUAUUCCUUGGGAUAAGGACGAUUGGGUAAUCGACAUAUGUUAUUCAACUUUAUUAAAACUUUUUUUAAUAUGGAGUAAUAGUGGGUUUUAUACAUUUAAUUCAACAACGAUGACAAAACAAAUAAUAGAGAAUAUUCCUGAUACUGGAGCUGGAUGGUAUCGUUGUACAUGUUUCAAUGAUUUCUUGUUUCUAUCAUAUGAUCAUGAUGUUGAACAAAGAAAAAUUGAAAUAGAAAAAAAUGAAUAUAGCUUAAUAAACCAAUGGAAGUUAGUUAUAAAAAAUGACGAUGAUGUGAUUGUUGGUAUGAAAAUGAAUGAUCAACGUAUUGUGUUAGCCAUCGGAAAAUACGAUACAAUGUCAGCAACCAAUAUAAAUGAAAUACUGAUUCAUUAUGAACAUAUUUGGUCUAAUAAAAUAGAAUCUUAUCCUGGAAGACCACUACGUUUAGUCAAUAUUAAAAGCAUAGUUAAUAAUGAUAAACUUGUAUUUAUUCCAUCGAAACCACCAUUAAAAUAUUGUACAGUAUCAUAUGUUUGGAUAAUGGAUGAAAGAAAUCUAAAAAGUGACUACUUCUUGGAACGUAUAUCUCCAUUUACUGUCGAAAGCUUAAUAAGUGCAGUACACGUUUGUCAUGAAUUAGGAUAUGAUUAUGUAUGGAUUGAUGCAUUAUGUAUUAACCAACGAAGUAGUGAAGAGAAAGAAAGAGAAAUUCCAAAUAUGGGAAAAUAUUAUCAAGAUGCAACAGAAUGUAUUAUAUUUCCUGAUGAAAAAUUGUUACGAUGUUUUCAUAGAUCAUGGACAUGA